UUUUUUAACUGUCAAAAUACAUUUUUCUCGUUCGUAAUGCUUUUUUUUCGACCGAAUUUGCUUUCGGUUUUAAGGCCAUACUCGCGAUGCUUCACUCUAUACAAAUGAGCGCAAGUUUUAAUUGAUACGUGUGCGAUGAAUCACGAGAAAAACCAUUCACAGUGCCACCUGAGUUGACUAACGCUCAACUACAACCGCGCACUCGAGCCUUAUAUAAAAGAGCAUUUUUUUCAAUCCACUUCCCAGUUACACACGUUCCUGGUGGAAUUGCAAUGAACGCAGUCGGCGCUUUAAAGAUUCUUUUUCUCGUUGCUUUCCUCGCAGUCGGGGAAGCAGCUGGAGCUCGAUACCGGCGCUUGGUAGGCGCACAACCCACGGCCAUAGAAAAUGUGCCGUACUACGCGUCAUUGAGGUACGAGAAUUAUCACAUAUGCGGAGGCGCAUUGAUAAGUCCGAGGCACGUUGUCACCGCCGCGCACUGCGUGGCGGAGCUUUUCUCCGAGCCUUACGAAGAUUUGACGGUGGUCACGGGCUCCGAUAUUUUGGCUGGAGGAACUCCGAGUAAAGUUAGAAGCGUCGAUUACCACGAAGGAUUCAAGAAUGGGCUUGAGUCCGUGUGGAAAAACGACGUGGCUGUUUUGACUCUGCUCACUGACCUCGACGUGAACGAGAAACAAAUGCCAGUGGAUUUGCCCGAGUCAGAGCCCCGGAUUAACGCAACCGGAAUCGUCAGCGGAUUCGGUCGUACCCAAUCCGAAAAUCCGUUUCUGUCCAAAGACCUCCGCAACUUCGAGACGACUCUGUGGCCGCGCGAGCCGUGCCAAAAGCUCAUAAAAAAUGCAGAAAUACUGGAAAAUCAAAUCUGUGGAGUUCAGCAAAAAGGCAUCGGUUUGUGCAAGGGUGACAGUGGCGGACCGCUUGUCCAGGAUGGAAAACUCGUGGGCAUAGCCUCGUGGAAUAUUCCAUGUGGUUUGGGAUUUCCCGACGUCUACACCAACGUCUACAGAUACGUCGAUUUCAUACGAAAGAAGACACAAAGUGGGCUCGUUCCGGAUGGAGCUUGACGAACACUUUUUCCCUCGCUUUCUUCCCCUUCCUCUCUGUGAAUAAAGAAUUUAAGAGUUGAUA